AUGAAGUUAAGCAACAAAGUUUCCGUUCGCGACGUCGACCUCAAGGGCAAGCGUGUGCUCAUGCGCAAAGUCAAGGCGGACUCGGCGGCCGUGAAGCGCUUCGCGGCGCAGCUUAGCGCGCUCGGAGACAUCUAUGUGAACGACGCUUUCGGCACGGCGCAUCGCGCGCACGCGUCUGUGGUCGGUAUCUCGUUGAACCCACGCUGCGCGGGGCUACUGCUCGAGAAAGAGUUGACCUACUUCGACAAGGCGUUGAACAAUCCACAGCGGCCGUUCUUGAGCAUUCUGGGCGGCGCGAAGGUGCAUGACAAGAUUCAGCUGAUCGAGAGCCUGCUCGAGCGGGUGGACUACAUGAUCAUCGGCGGCGGCAUGGCGUACACGUUUUUGAAGGUGUUGCGCAACAUGCCGAUCGGCAAUAGUUUGUACGACGAGGCCGGCGCGAAGCUGGUUCCGCAGAUAAUGGAGAAGGCGAAGCAACGCGGCGUCGAAAUACUGUUCCCGGUGGACUUUGUGGUUUCCAGCGAAUACGGCGAGAACGGCGUGAUCAAGGCCGCGACACUCGAGGAGGGGGUGCCCGACGGCUUCGAGUCGCUCGACUGCGGCCCGCGCACGAUCAAGCAGGCGCGCGACCGCAUUCUGCAGUGCAAGACGAUUGUGUGGAACGGCCCGCAGGGCGUUUCGGAGAUGCAGAGCUUUGCGAAAGGUUCGCUGGGCUUCGUGGACGCGGUUGUCGAGGCGACGAAGCUCGGCGCCGUGUCGAUCGUUGGCGGCGGCGACACCGGCGCUCUUGUGGAGCGCGCGGGCGUCGCGGACAAGUUUUCGCACGUUUCCACCGGCGGCGGCGCUUCGCUCGAGCUGCUGGAGGGCAAGGACUUGCCGGGAGUUGUGGCGCUGAGCGACAAGCAUUAG